GGGAGCCUGGAGUGUGUUCUUUUUUCGAAUUGUUUUCUCAGCCGUAGUGGUGGUAGUUAAUCAUUCAAAUGUCUCUCUCUUUCUUGUAGGUCUUGGUUGUCACCCUGCAGAGAGUGACUACUGAGCAGUUGAUGACAGUAGCAGCCAAGCCCAAACAGGAGGUGGUUUCAAUUUUAAUGUUCUCAAUGAGGGAAAGGCUUCAAUGGAGCGCAAGGGAGCAAGGAAUCUGAUGUUGGUAACUUUCCUUCGUUCACUUUUAGCUGGGUUUCCUUUGCACUGACUCAAGACUCGAGUGGAAGGAGAGGGUGUGGUCUGUUUGUUGCCUACAGAGCUCUAACUCAUCAGGAGAGCAGAGUAGUAAAAGGAGGGCUAUGUCGUGAAUGGUUCGCUUCUGUCCAGUGAUCUCCGAAACCAAGGUGUGCUCAUUUUUUUCUGAGGUUGUUGAGGGGUGGGAAUUCUCUGAUUGCCUUGUGUUUUCACCUCCGAUCACAGCUGAGAUUUCUGUUUUUUGAGCCGCUUGAAUAGUGUGAUAUAUCCAUAGUAUUAAUCCAUUCUUUGUUUUAGAUUCAUGAUCUUUGAUGUUGUCUGAUCUAGCCUCUGAAGGUGAGAGAAUAAAAGUUGACAUUAUUAGCUUCUCUCAGUAUAUUUUUUUUUUUCAUAUUUUUAAUUAGGAUCACUACUGUCAAUCCUUUAGGUCAUGUGAAAUAAUUCCUUUUUUUUCUUUCCUUUUUCUUUUCUAUUAGCAUACUCAGUGUCUUCUGGUUUGAAGUAGGUUUGUGCUUUUUUUGGUUUCUGUGCUAUCAUUGGUUGGUUUGGUGAAUUGGGUUUUGCAAGUGGUUCUAAACUAUAGUUUUCUGGACAAAUAUUAUUAUGUUUAUUUCCUUUUUUUCAAACAAGUGGUUCUAGACUACAGAUUGAACAGAUGAUCCUUUUUUCCAAAUAACUUUCUUCAUUGAUCUAGUUGUUGUAGAGAGUAGCGUAGAGAUGGGUAUUAAUGAGAAGGAUAAAUUUGGGUGGGAGAAGGCUGGGGAUCAUCCUAACUAUCACAGUUCAGGUAUGCCAGCCGAUCGGCAAUUCGGCAAUCCAUCAAUCAGUUUGGUCUCGGCUCACCCUAUGGUUUCCUCCCCAUCUCCAUCAGUUUCCAUGGUGGAAUCCUUUCCCCCUAGCCUCUGGAACCCUUCUGCCCAUUCACAGAACUCAGGCUUCUGUGGUAAUAGUGUCCAAAGCAGCAUGGUGGCCUCCAAUAGCAUGCCCACAGGAAAACCAAUUCCCGGGCCUUCGAAGCUUGACAUGGGCUGGAAUCCUUCAGAUUCUUCAUCACAAGGAAGUAGGGUUUUCUUACAGACCGGCCCUGGGGCUCUCUCUCCAACUCUCUCUCAUUUCCCGACUGAUUCUGCUUUCAUCGAGCAUGUCGCAAGGUUUUCAAGCUUCAAUGGUGGUAAUUUAAAUGGCAUGGUGAGUCCUUUCAGUACAGCUGAGUCCCUGAGCUCCUACUCUAAUACUCGGAAAGGUGCCCUGGGAGCUCAGAUACAAAAGAGUAAAAUGAGCCCAACUGAAGCUCGUAUGGCUGCCUCAUUGCCUAUUGAUCAUGGAUCCAGCAGUAGAAGUCCGAUGAAGGAGCAGAGAGAUAAGGGGAGCUUACAUGGUGCUGGUGUCUCAGGCAAUGAGUCCGGUGAGCCUGAGUUCAGUGGAGGUGGGCAAGAGGAGGCACCUAAUUUGGCUAGUCCAGCUGGGGAUUCUUCUUCCAAAGGACUUGCUGCUAACAAGAGGAAAAGGUCCGGUCAGGAUAUCGAACCAGACCGAGUACAAGGAGGAGCCUCGCAGCCUUCUGUUGAGACCACAGAGGAUAAUGUGGACACUAAACAGAAGCCAGGACAAAAUAGCUCAACUAUGGCAACUGUCAAGCCUAAUGGGAAGCAAGCCAAGGAUAGCUCGGAUGCCCCGAAGGAGGAUUGUAUUCAUGUGAGAGCACGGCGUGGCCAGGCAACUAAUAGCCACAGUCUUGCAGAAAGAGUGAGGAGGGAAAAAAUUAGUGAACGGAUGAAGUUUCUUCAAGAACUUGUUCCUGGUUGCAGUAAAGUCACAGGAAAAGCAGUCAUGCUGGAUGAGAUCAUCAACUAUGUUCAAUCACUGCAACGGCAGGUUGAGUUUCUGUCAAUGAAGCUUGCUGCUGUCAAUCCCAGGCUGGACUUCAACAUAGAAGGACUUCUUUCUAAAGAUCUUUUUCAUUCGAGAGGCGGUCCUUCAUCUUCCAUUGGUUUCUCAAGAGAUACGGUUCAUCCUCAACUACAUCCAUCUCAACAGGGUCUUGUUCAAGCAGGGAUGUCCGGCAUUGUAAACCAUUCUGAUGCGCUUCGAACAGCAAUGAAUGCUCAACUGACUUCCAUUAAUGGAUACAAAGAACCUAUGCCUCAGAUACCUAAUGCAUGGAACGAGGAGCUCCACAAUGUUAUGCAAAUGACUUUUGGUGCUAAUCCCCCUCUCAAUGCCCAAGAGUUAAAUGGUAAACCUUGCGAGGGAUUCCCCAUGUGAAGCCGCCAACCUGUUCAUGCCCUUGAUAGCUAGAUAGUUCACAGUGGGUGCUGUCAGAUCAUACAAAAAUCGAGCUCUGAUCGUAUCUUUUCUACAUCUUGAGCUUGUUCGUAUUUGCUCUUUUAAGGAGAUAAUAAAGUUUGCAUGCUUCAAAGAUGCAGGGUAUACAAUUCUGGUAGUUCCAGUGGAAGAUGCAAUUUUUUUCUCUGAAUGAUAUAAUUCUGGAGCAUGAACAUGGUUGCUUCUUGUAUUAGCAAUUUUGGGGUUGUUCCCCGCAAGGCUCUACUACAUCUCCUAAAGUGCAUUAGUUCGUUCUUCAGAGAUUAAUAUAAGAGAGAGAGCGUAUUCCUGUGGAGAUAAUUUUCCUCUCUCUCAAAUUAGAGGUAUAUAGAGCAAUUUAACCAGAAACUUCAAAAGCUUAGCAAUGAGUAAUCACAGAAUCCUGUCACUAAGAGAUGCAUGACUAGGGUGGUUCUAUUUUUGCAGCACGAAACAAGUUUCUUUGUUCAAGGUAAUGGAAAAUAGAUGUUGUAGACUCACCUUUUAACAAAUAAUAUCAUGUUCCAUUUUCCUUCUUUAUUA